AUGUCUGCCCUCCGCUUCAUCUGCCAGCGCUGCAGCCAGCCCCUGAAACUGAGCUGGUCCAUGGAGACUUCCCGAGAACCUGCAGACUCGACACUCGUCUCAGCUGAGGGGGAGCCAGGAGAAGCCCAGGAGGGAGGCCCUCCCUUCACGGAGGAGGCAGAUUUUGAAAAUCUACAGGAUGGUGCCUCUAGCAGGAUUCUCCCUAGCGGUGGGAUGUCCUGGGACCAGUUCAACAAUUUCACCCUUCUUGGGAAUCUCGGCUCCCUGAGAACCCUCAAUAACAUCCAGAAGGCCAUCGGGGACAUUUCUGACAUCCUCUCCGGGGAAACUGACGUGAACCACCCUGUGUGUGUGGACUGUACUGACAAUCUUUUAGAGCAACUGGACGCUCAACUCACCAUCACAGAAUCUGAGAUUCAGAACUACAAACGCUGUUUGGAGACCAGGGAGUGGAUAAGUGAGGAUGACAGGGAGAUGCUGCAGAAGAAGCUGAAGGACCUGGAGCUGGAGGAAGCGAGGCUGGUCCGGGAGCUGGAGGGGGUGGAGCAGAACCGAGAAAGGGCAGCAGCAGACCUCGAGGCAGCCCAGGCAGAAACAGAGAUGCUGGACCAGCAGGAAAAGCAGCACCAAAAGGACUACAGUACAUUGAAAUGGCAACAACUAGAACUACAUGACGAGCUGAGCAGCGUGGAGAAGCGCCUGUGGUACGCCCAGAUCCAGCAGGACCAGCUGGAGAAAACCAGCGUCUUCCAUGCCACGUUUGAGAUCUGCCAUGAUGGCCCCGUAGGCACCAUCAGUAACUUCAGAUUGGGCUGCCUCCGCACCGUCCCCACGUGCUGGGAUGAGAUUAAUGCCGCCUGGGGACAGGCAGCCUUGCUGCUCCUUGCUCUGUCCAAUACAGUCGGACUGGAGUUUCAGAGGUAUCAACCUGUCCCCUGUGGAGACCAUUCCUAUCUGAAAUCUUUAACAGACGACCACACUGAACUGCCCUUGUUCUCUAAUGGGAAGCAGAGUGUUUUCUUGCAUAACAAAUAUGACCAGGCGAUGAUGGCUUUCCUGGACUGCAUGCAGCAGUUCCAGGAAGCGGCUGAGAAAGCUGAGUCGGGUCUCUGUUUCCCCUACAAGAUUCAUGUGGAGAAAGGCCUGAUGGAAGAUCCUGGAGACAGUGAUGGGUUCUAUUCCAUCAGAACCCACUUGAACACAGAGGAGGAGUGGACAAGAGCCCUCAAGCUUAUGCUUAUAAAUUUUAAGCACGGUCUCACUUGGGUCUCCUUAAGACAAAACAAAUCAAGAAUGACAAAGAUGAAACCACAAGAUGACAAGAUGAUUCCGCCAUUAAAGAGAUAAUGAAUACGGAGAGAACUGAGGGUGGGGUGAGAGGAAGAGGGUGGUAAGGAGAGAGGUGGAAGUCUUCAUUUUUUUAUGAGAAAAGUACUUGGGCCAUUGUUCGUAGUGGGACUUUGGAGUCAGGAGGUGAAUACUAAAAGAUUUUUCAGUCUUUGCUGUGAUGUAUAGUGUAAACCCCUCCUCUUUAUCCCAGAAAAAUUGUCAGUAAAUUUCUACACUUCGUUCAAUGAUUUAAA